AUGGAAAACAACGACAACCAAGCUGAGAUGGCCGAGUUCGAGCUUACGCCACCCCCCAACGGAGGUCCGUCUGGUGGCCCGCCUUGCGCGACAAUGGAAGAGUUGAUGGAGUCCUUGAACAAGCACGCAGCUCAGCACGGCUACGCCCUGAUCCGCCGAAAUGCUUCCAACUACAGAGAGGGCAAGCCCACCAGCUAUGGCGUCUAUUGUGAUCGUGGCAAGCCACGCGCCUCGAAAAGCGCCGGCAUCAGAAGCAGAAGCUCGCGUUUGAUCGGUUGCGAGUUCAAGGGCAAGAUCCGCGCCCUGCAGACAGACGGUUGGAAAUGGACCUUUGCAAUCGUCAAAUCUGCGCACAAUCACCCUCCCUCCAGCAACGGGACAGCACACCCAAUGCUUCGUAGGUUUACUAAGGAACAAAAACGAUAUAUUGGCGCGUUAGCGAGGCAUGGAAUCCGCCCUCAAGCAAUCCAGUCAAGCCUUGAGCAAGACUUUCCUGGCCACCCAUUUGUCAUCAAAGAUAUCAACAAUCUCAUUGCGAGCCAACGAGCCAACGAAAAGCAAUCUUCUAGUGCAGCUGCGACUGCUCAGACUGCGCCCGUCGCGCCCGUCGCGCCCGUCGCACCUAUGGCACCCAUUAUGGAAAAUGAACAAGUCGACGACGACCUGUUCCGUCUCCUGUAA